UAGGGCUGCUUGGUUGGUCAGUGGGGAGUCGGCGCCUGCGUAGUAAGACCCGUGUGCAGCAGCGGCGGCGGCGGUAGAGGCGGCGGCGGCAGGCUCCGAGGCAGCGGUUGGGCUCGUCGCGAGCGGACGGGGUCGAGCCAGUGCGUUCGCGCGAGUUGGAAUUGAAGCCUCUUAAGAUGGCAGAUGAUUUGGACUUCGAGACAGGAGAUGCAGGGGCCUCAGCCACCUUCCCAAUGCAGUGCUCAGCAUUACGUAAGAAUGGCUUUGUGGUGCUCAAAGGCCGGCCAUGUAAGAUCGUCGAGAUGUCAACUUCCAAGACUGGCAAGCAUGGCCACGCCAAGGUGCAUCUGGUUGGUAUCGACAUCUUUACUGGGAAGAAAUAUGAAGAUAUUUGCCCAUCAACUCAUAAUAUGGAUGUCCCCAACAUCAAAAGGAAUGAUUUCCAGCUGAUUGGCAUCCAGGAUGGGUAUCUAUCACUGCUCCAGGAUAGCGGGGAGGUGCGGGAGGACCUUCGUCUGCCUGAGGGAGACCUCGGCAAGGAGAUUGAACAGAAGUACGACUGCGGAGAAGAGAUCCUGAUCACGGUGCUGUCAGCUAUGACAGAGGAGGCAGCUGUUGCAAUCAAGGCCAUGGCAAAAUAACUGGCUCCCAGGGUGGCGGUGGUGGCAGCAGUGAUCCUGGAGCCUGCAGAGGCCCCCUCCCCCAGCCUGGCCCAGCUCUGGCCCGGCCCUUGGCUGGAUUUCCUCCUACACGAUUUAUUUGACGUUUUAUUUUGGUUUUUCUCUCUCCCCAUCCCUGCCCCCCCAAUCUGUCGGGGAUGCCCUGCCCUUCACCCUGCUCCCUUGGCCAGGAGUGAGCCAUGGUGAAGCUGCCCCCCUCUUCACCCCCCCGCACUACAGCCCUGGUGGGGGAGAGGGGGCGGGUACUGCUUGUGGUUUAGGUUUGGUUUUGUUUUUUUCUUUUUCUUUUUGUUUUUUUUUUUAAAUUCAAUUUGGAAUCAGAAAGCUGUGGAUUCUAGCAAAUGGUCCUUGUACCCUUCUACUUAUCCCUGGUCUGGUCCCCUGUCUCCAAAGCCCUUUACCCCAAGCACCACCCCCACAGACUGGGGACCAGCCCCCUCCCCUGCCUAUGUCUCUCCCCAAACCCCUUUAGAUAGGGAAGAGGAGGAGAGGGGAGGGGACUGCCCCCUCCUCAGGCAUCUGGGAGGGCCCUGCCUCCAUGGGCUUCACCCUUUCCUGCGGGCUCUCUCCCCGACACAUUUGUUAAAAUCAAACCUGAAUAAAAACUACAAGUUUAAUAUGAA